UGCAGGUAGUGUGUUCUGUUUGAGCUUCAGAAAUGUCGAACGCAGAAGUGAUUGCGUCCCGGCUUUUGUCGUUUAACCAGAUGUAUAGUUAUGAAAAGCGUCUUCAGACGUUUUCCGAGUGGCCUUUUCGAGAAGACUGUCAGUGCACACCAGAGCUGAUGGCCAAGGCGGGUUUUGUGCACUGUCCUAGUGAGAAUGAGCCAGAUGUGGCCUGCUGUUUCUACUGUCUCCGAGAGCUGGAGGGCUGGGAGCCAGAAGACAACCCCUGGUCUGAGCAUGCCAAACGCUCCCCCAAUUGUGCCUUUCUCCAUAUGAAAAACACAUUUGACAAGCUCACGGCCAUUGAGUAUUUUCAGCUGGAACAGGAGCGACUUCGCAUCUACAUUAGGAAGAUGGGUCACCGGAAGAUAGCCUACUUUCGUGAUGAGGUGGAGACCACAAGCAAAAAUCUGAGAGCUCUUAUUUGAUAUCCAGAAAUUAAAAAUGAUUUUAACGGCAUGCUUUAUUUAAAAUUUUCACCAAUAAAUUAAAUAUUUUUAUGU